GACUCUUCCCAUUAUCUCCUAGCACCACCGACGAAGAAUGAACGGCGUUAAUAGCGGCGGCGCAGCCCCAACCGGCUGCUACAAGUGUGGCCGUCCCGGCCACUGGUCUCGCGACUGUCCCUCCGAUCCCAACACCUCCGAAACAACAAACAACAACGACAAUCAACGUUCAAACCUCGAUCCGAGCUCAAAGUCCGCGUCCAGGCCGCCUCUCGCUCCACAGAAGCCCAAGCAAAAGGCACCGAGAAAAUCCAGGCCCAAGCUUACUCCCGAUCUGCUACUCUCCGACGCCGGCGUUGGCCACAUCCUCCGCUACUUCCCGCCCGCUCUCAAAUGCCGCGGCCGCGGCCACGAGGUUGAUGAUCUGCGACACCUACUUCGGAUGUAUGCUGACUGGCACUCACGAUUACUUCCCUAUUAUAACUUCGAACAGUUCUUAGAUAAGGUGGAACGAGUGGGCAGUUCAAAGCGUGUCAAGGUGUGUCUUAGAGAUCUACGUGACAAAGUUUCGAAUGGAGUAGACCCUACGAAGCUGCAGGAGGAUCAAGUUCAGCAAGACUCAGUUGAUGAACAAGAUACAAGUGUCCUCGACAUGCCACGCGAUACCCAGGAGAAUAACAAUAUGCAAACCAAAGAUGAUAAUGAUUUUCAAGAAGACAUGCCUCAAAGCAUCUGGGAGGAAGCCACUCAAGAACCUUCUCAGCCUGUUGUUGCUGAUACGUCUAGAGCGGAAGAGGUGCCGAACCAGACAGUGGAAGUGAACCCCAGUAACUCCAAUACAUAUGUAAUGACGGAAGAGCAAAAGGCGCGCAUGGAAGCUAACAGAUUGAGAGCAUUGGAGAGGGCAGCUGCUAGAGCCCUCUCUAAACAGGCUUGAUCAUUUCAAAUUACUUAUGUAACUCCAAAACAUUUGAUCAUUAUUUUUAUAUAAACGUGUUGUUACUUGUUACCA